CGCUGACGGCACGCCCGAUCCGAGCACAACGCAACUCGACUCCGCACCCUCUCGCUCGCUCUCUGACCUUUCUCUCGCCCUCUCCACCCUCUCACUCACCUCUCCUCCUCCUUCCUGACACCUUGCUCCUCCUAAUUCCUCAUCGCAUACACACACGCAUACCCUCAUGUCUUACUAUCCAGGGCAGCAGUACAACGGCGGGCAGGGCAAUUACGGCCCUCCCCCACCCCAGAAUUAUGGCCCUCCUCAAGGCGGCUAUCCUCCGCAAAACUAUGGUCCUCCUCCACCACAACAACAGUAUGGCUACGGCGGCCCUCCUCCGUCCCAUUCCCCUCAACCUCCCUACAAUAAUGGCUACGGGCAAGAGCCCGGCCCCUCAACAGUACGGAUACAACCAAGGUCCUCCGCCGCCGCAGAACUAUGCUCCUCCGCAGCACCAGCGUCCCGGUCCCCCGCCGCAGCAACACAGCAGCAACGGAUAUGGGCCGCCACCGCCGCCAACGCAACCCCAGAACUUCGGUCAUGGAGCCCCCAAUAACUAUUCCUUCCAGUACUCGGCCUGCGACGGCAAGAAGAAGGCUCUCUUGAUCGGCAUCAAUUACUUCGGACAGCGUGGACAGCUCCGGGGUUGCAUCAACGAUGUCAAGAACAUGUCGUCGUACCUCAACGGCCACUUCGGCUACAAGAGGGAGGACAUGGUGACUCUGACCGACGACCAGCAGAACCCCAUGAGCCAGCCGACCAAGGCCAACAUCCUCCGUGCCAUGCACUGGUUGGUCAAGGACGCGAGGCCGAACGAUUCUCUUUUCUUCCAUUACUCUGGUCACGGUGGACAGACCAAGGAUCUCGACGGAGAUGAGGAUGAUGGUUACGACGAGGUCAUCUACCCGGUGGAUUUCCGCACCGCCGGCCACAUCGUCGACGACGAGAUGCAUCUCAUCAUGGUGCAGUCCCUACAACCAGGUGUGCGCCUGACAGCCAUUUUCGACUCGUGCCACUCUGGAUCCGCCCUCGACCUUCCCUACAUCUACUCCACCCAAGGUGUCCUCAAGGAGCCCAACCUUGCCAAGGAAGCUGGUCAGGGUCUGCUUGGUAUCGUAUCAUCGUACGCGAAGAACGAUAUCGGCAGUAUGCUUUCUACCGCUUCCGCCAUGUUCAAGAAGGUCACUACCGGAGACGAGGUCUACAAGAGGAAUCUCAAGACGAAGACAAGUCCUGCAGACGUCAUCAUGUGGAGUGGAUCCAAGGAUACCCAGACUUCUGCCGAUGCAUCGAUCGGAGGUGAAGCCACAGGCGCCAUGUCAUACGCCUUCAUUGCCAGCUUGAAGAAGAACCCCAAGCAGAGCUACGUGCAGUUGCUGAACAGCAUCCGUGACGAGCUCGAGGGCAAGUAUGACCAGAAGCCUCAGCUUAGCUGCAGUCAUCCACUGAAUGUCGAUUUACUCUAUGUCAUGUAGAGAGUCGUAAGUUUUGAUGGGUGGCGCGCCGGCACAUGUAAAAAUGAAAGGCUAUGAACGGCCUUUUGCGAUCGACAUUGUUGAAUCUGAUUAUUGAUGGAAACGAAUGAUACCACACCUUUUGGCAUUGUAGAUUUUUUUCUUUUCUUAUGGGGAACGUUCCCGAUCGUGUUUCUCAAUUAUUUCCAUUAUUGU